UGGCUUGAGACAGUUCAUGAGGGCGGUGGACGCGUGAAGGGGUUGAAAACUUUCAAAGCAUCUUGAGGCCCAAUCAAGAUAGCAGCGAUUUUUCGAGUUGGCCAGUAAAACUGUUGUGGUAUCGAUAGGGAACAAUAGUUGGCAACGUGCCUUUGUGAUUUGUGUCGCAGCGGUGAUCAAAACUUGAUUCAACUGUAAUCAGUGGAACUUGACUAAUAAAUAUUAAAACACCGGCGAGUCUACAUCUGUGGACUGCAACGGCUAAACUUUAAACUUACGCCGGACGAUAUCUGUGGCGUUCAAUUAUUACGGUACCUGCAACCUGCGUUACGGGUUGAUAAAUAACGUUUCAAGAAUACGGGAUGAAUAGUUUAAAUUGAAAAGCACACAUACUUAAUAUAUCUGAAAUCGUUGAUCGAUAUUUUAAAAUAAAAAGUUCAAUCAUAUUUGCCGUGAUUUUGACAAUUCAUUCUGUGGUAUCCUUAAACAAACAAUAACAAAUGAACAAGGAUAAAAGUUUGAAGUAUUUUUGAGUUGUGUUUUGAAUAUACCAAAUGAUAAUUCACUUCGGGUUCAAAUUAAGUAUCGUAGGGUUUAAAAGAAACUUGGAAAACUAAAUACAGACGUAUAUCCGUGCACAGGCAACUAUUUCAAAGCCAAGAGCUCGGGAAAAGGAGAAACAAUUUUGCUUCGGAGAGAGAAGUCCGAGAAGAGGACUGAGAAUCAGAGGAAGGAAAUCAAAAUACCAGAACAGACAAAACGAUUUGGCAAAUCUUGGUUUUCCGAGUCUUACUGAAGCCUGAAUUGAAGAUUCAGUAUCGAACGGUAUGAAGAAUGGCAGAAUCGAACAACCACCACCAAAGUCAUCGAGGUAUGAUGACUGUGCAACCAACGUUGGAUGAAAAACGUGCACUGGCAGCACGUGGUGCUGCUGGGGUUCUGGCACUUGGCAUUUUAGCUCUCGUUCUGCAAUCUGCUGCGACGGCAACGCCUACUUGGGGUUACUUCUCAAAUCCUGAUGCUGGUACCGCGGCAGAAAACGGAUACUUUGGACCUUGGCGACAAUGCAAGCAGCUGCUUUACGGUAGAGAAAGAUGCGGUACAGCGGUGUCCAGGUUUCAGCCGGUCGUGGCUGUAUGGGUGGCUGGUCUUUCAGCAACCGGCGCAUCCGUUCUGUUGGCGAUAUUUGUCGUCUUAAGUGUUGUUCAGUUAGCGAUGGCUUCUUCAGCGAAGAGGGUCCUCAUGUCCUAUAAUACGGCAUUAAUUGCCAAAGUGGCACUCGCUACUCUCGCAACUCUGCUAGCCAUCGUUGCGUCUGGUUUAUUUGCUCUGCAGACAGACGAUCGAGCCAACAGUUUUCUCAUCACCCGGGGAGAAGCUUUUUACAUGCAGCUGGCGGCAAUUGCAUUGAAUUUUGGCGUGCUGGUGUCUGCUGUCUACGAGGGCAUUUACGCACGGAGAGGUGGUGACCCGACCAAACUUCGAGACGUUCAUACUUCUCAUGGUACCACGAUUGACAACCCGGGAUACCGGGAAGCCCGUUACCCCACGAAUGGGGCUGGCAUUUCAAUGACCGACGCCAGUGGUAAGCCUCACCCCGGUGGUGCCGGAAACGGAUCGAUGGCAUCGGUGGCAACGUCCGGCAGCGCAGCCAGCACUUCAUCCCCGCUCAGAAGCUCCCUAAAGAAGCCAAAACCAAUGGGUAUACCGAAUCCAGGAUUUUCGUCGCACAGUCCGACCUUGUCAAGAAAUGGAUCUCAGAAAAAGUUACUUUUAGGUUAUGGUGCAGCAGAAUAUUGCUAUAUAAAGCACGUGCGGAAAGUACUACAGUGAUAUAAAGUAAUACUUGCAAUAGCAUAAACACGAUUUUAAUCUCAAGUUAACAACGCAGCAUUGCCAAAACAAUGUGAUAGAAUUGACUGCAUCACGAUACCAGAAUCUUA